AUGAUUGAUAAUAUUCAACAUGUUGAUGAGGACAGUGAUGGUGAUGAUGAUGAUGAUGAUGAUGAUGAUGAUGAUGAUGAUGAUGAUGAUGAUGAUGAUGAUGAUGAUGAUGAUGAUGAUGAUGAUGAUGAUGAUGAUGAUGAUGAUAAAGUGUAUGUAGGAAAGUAUGCAUUAUUUGAAGAAGUGAUAAAACCACCAACUUAUUCAAGUCAUCAAUUCAUUAUGUCAAAUCAAGUUGUUACUCUCAGUUUUGACAUACUACUUAUAAUGAAUGAUCAUGAUGAACAUGGAUUACGUAAUCUUAUUGAACCUAAUAAACAAAUUAAUCACUUAUGUUUACACUAUGACACUUACUCAAACACAAUUAUUAAUCCAUUCAUAGUGAAGGCAGUCACAAAUCAAUCAUCUGAAUCAAUGGAAUUAUGA